AGAAGAAGAAGACAAAGAAGAAGACGAAGACGAAGAAGAGGAAAUAAACGAGGAAAAGGAAGCGUGGAAAAAUAACUUGACCAAGCUGUGCAAAUGAAUCAACUUGACCCCGACGAUGCCAUAUUCCUGGUUGAUGCGUUCCUGGAUGAAUGCAAGGUGGAUCAGCAUGAACACACAAAAGAAGGAUCAGAGAAAUCCACAAAGUUGUGUGUUUGGCUUGAUGAGGACAAAGAUGGUCAACCUCUGCCAAAAAGAAGUAGAGCUGGGGAAAAACGAAAGCGAGAUUCAGCCACUGUUUCUUCAGCAAGUGAAAAACCCUCCUGUUCUCACACUCAAGACACAACUGGAGAAAAUGUGACCAUCGAAAAUUUAGAUUCCCUCGUUCAAGAUGUGCGAGACCUCUUAGGAAGUGGUCCUGAACAACCUCUGCCCUCGCACUGGAGGAACAGGCAAACUUCCUCUCUGGAAAAUUGGACAGUGCUGAGGCCCUUCAUGGUGAACAAUAUGUUGUCAUCUGAGAAGCCCAAGGAGGGGGUUUGCCAUCAUUGUGGACACAACGCUGCAGUAGUGAUGUGUAGGGACUGUUUACCACGAUCACUCUACUGCACAGCCUGUGACCUUUCCACACAUGAGGCCCUGGUGCUUCAUAACAGAGCAUCCAUGGUGGAGGGGUUCUUCAGACACCUGCCACCAUCCACUUUUGUUCAGCAGCAUGAGGGAGGGAAAUUCUCCUAUCAUGAAAAAGAUUGCAUGUUACCAAUCGUUCCUCCCUGCUGUGACUGCUCCACUGGGCAAACAAGCUUUUCCAAGGGAAAGCCAGUUAUUUUAAUUGGAAUGAAUGGAAGAUACAACCUCUUCCUUCCAUCAGUAAACUGCUCCUGUGGAAAAACCUUGUCAGUGACUAUAAGCGAUCUGGUUGAAAGUGGUUACUGGCCAGCCACUGUCAAUUUUGAGACCUUGUACAUGGUGGACUUGUUCACCACGUAUGAGGAUCUAAAAAUCACUGCCCCAGGGAUGUCACGACAAGCUUUUGUCAGCAUGCUCGAGUGUCGAACGAAACUCUUCGGGCGAAGUGGUAAGAUAUGUGGGGACACAAUGCAGAGGGCCUUCCUCGAAUGGGCCUAUGCCAAAUUUGAGGUUGAAAAGCUGUCUCAGGUCCAGCAUUUUCAGUGCCCUGCAUGCACACCCUCCAUGUUGGCAGUUGCAGUGGAUGGGAACCGCAAAUUAUAUCGUUUCAAAAGCCAACCAGGACCUGAUGGGUUUUUUGAUGGAGUCUUUUUGGCCAGUGAUGCUGAGGUGUCCUCCUUUGUUGAUUAUAUCCAUGGAACAACUGGACAUAAUCCAGGGAAAGGGAGAUGUGGUGCGGGUCAGUGGACAGCAGCACGAGAGUCUGCCAGCAAGUCUGCAAGCAAACUAGACGAGGAAGGUGUUGAAGUUGCUGUCUGCCGUCAUGGGGUCUUGCUGAAGGGACUGAAUAUGUUCCGUGGAGAAAUAUUUGCAUACCCAUUAUAUCUCCAGAAACAGCUAGCUUCACAGACCGUCCAGUUUUUUUGCUCUGAUGUGGUCUGCAAAUAUUGGCCAUAUCUGCAGAGAGUUGUGGACCACUGUCCAGAGUUGGAGGACUUGCUGAACAUGCGCCCAUUUCUCUCCAUCAUGCAUGCAAAAGCGCAUUCUUGGAUGUGUGAGUUAAAAUGGGGGGGACGCAAUCAAGAAGGAGCUGGAACAACAAUCGGGGAGGAGGUUGAACAGGUUAACAGCUUCCUCUCCCGAGCAGCCAUCUGUUCCAAGUACAUGUCAAAAGCCGUUCGCACAGACAUGCUGACAAUCCAGGCAAGUGGCUGGAACAAGCGAAAGGCGGAAAACCUUGACCGGACACUGGCCAAAAGAUACAUCAAGACUGUACAAAGGAUUACAGAGGCAACAAAGGACCUGGAGAAACUCACCGCAGAGUUGUCUAUACAGCAAGACAUAGUCCAGCAGUGGGUGUCUGAUGUUCAGCAGUGGACCUCAGGAGCAACAACCCAAAAUGACCUGCAGAGGACCAUCGAGGGGUUAUAUUUGGGCAUCAAACAGCGAAAAUUUCAGCUGUAUCGUCAGUCUGGUGGGAAUAAACGAAGGCAUCAACUGAGAAAAAAGAUUGCUCUUGAGAAAAAAGCCUUGGAAGUUGCCAUCAAUGACCAUAAUACUACUGUGGGGGAAGUUGGAAAACUCCCUCCUCCCAAUGAACUCCUGGCUGUGGACAACUACUCCUGGCCAUGGGAAUGUCAUGGUGAUAUGGAGCGAAAAAAAAAUGUUUUUGAUAAGGUAAUGCUGCUGGCUAGACUGAAAGAAGAAGAAGUCAUUGUGGUUCGUGAAGUCAAACAGCACAUGGAGUACAUGAGGAGUGUUGCUCGACUGAUUAAAGAGCUUACCUUUCAGCUCACUGAAGACACCAAUGGCAAAUGCAGUACAGAGGGAUUGAUGGAGAAAGGACAUGAGGGACUACUCUGUGUGCUGAAGAAAAGAUUGUGUGAAGUUGAAGCACAACUGGCCACAGCACGCACAACAUACAAUAGUAUUCUUGGACUGCAAACAUUGUCCUUAGAUGACUUCUCUGAAGAGGAAGACUUGGAGAAUACUUCUUCUACUGAUGAGGAACUGGAAGACUAGUUAUUAGGGACAGGAUGUGUAUCAAACUAAAACAGUGCUGUAAAUAACUUGUUUGUAAAACCUGAGGCAAUUUUACUGCUGUUUACUGCAAAUUCCUCUGAAACUGUAAACAACCAUUAUGUUAGUAUUGUGCAUCCUACAUAGCUUCACUGUAGUUGUGUAGUUUACAUAGCCUAUGUAUUGUUACUCUCUCCACCAGUGUGCUAUUUGUGCUUAUUUUUCCACAUGUUAGUAUAUUAAUUCUCUCUCUCUCUCUCUCUCCCCUUCACUCACUCACUCACUCUCACACACACAUACACCUUCUCUAUCUGAAGAUAUACAGUCUUUAUUUUGAACAGGGCAUAGUCUCUUGGUUUUAGAAAGCCUGCUUUAUUAA